AGGGACGACGGAUGUAAAGAUUUUAUUUGUUUUUUGUUUUUUUCAUUUUCCCUCUUUCAGGAAACUGGUCUGUUCCAAUUUACAUUAUUUCCUUCUAUGGUUAAAGAACAGCAGCGCAAAAUCAUCGCCGUCGAUUUGGAUCAAACGUUGGCUCGUACGUUGGAGGCGCUUGCAGAAUGGCAUAAUGCUGUGUACGACACAGACCUUUCUGUGCACGACUUUCAUACUUACGACUUUUCUCAAGUUUGGGGCGGAUCCAAGGAAGAGCAAUACGACAAGAUUCGGAAAUUCUAUGAAUCCGAUCAGUUCCAUCGCAUUCUGCCCAUUGACGAUUUCGCUUUGGAAGCCCUGAAAAUGCUAAAAAGGCGCCGCUUUCAGCUUAUUAUUGUUACUUCACGUCAACAAUUUAUUGCGGAACAAACAAAAAAGUUUGUCGAUCGUCACUAUCCGGGUCUAUUUGAAAGCAUCUAUUUUUGUAAUUCCGAAUUGACGGUGGCGGAACAAGUGGAGUACAUAUCGAAGCCGAAAUCGGCUAUUUGUCAAGAAGUCGGUGUGGAUGUGCUGAUUGACGAUUCAUUGGAACAUGCACUGGAUUGCGCGUCGUUGGGUAUUGAGGUGUUGUUGUACGAUCGGAAAGGCGAAUAUCGGUGGAAUCACCCCACGGUGACCAAACCGUCUGGAAGACCGACACUGACUUCCACAUCGCGUCACCUGUACCACAAACCUAUUACAGCUUUACCUGCCAAUGUGAAACGAGUGACAAGUUGGAAACAGAUCAUUGAAUUGUUUCCUAAACCCACGAGCCCUUUACGCCAUUGCUCGUAUCCAGAAGAUUUUCAAGCGGAGGAAAAUGAAAAGGACAGCGCCGAUGAAGAUGAGGAUAUGGGCAAGGGAAGAGAAAUACUCCUGGAUCACCGCAUGACGUCUGGCAUGAAUCAACGCUGCUACACCUAUGAAACAAUAGAAUUAGACGAGUUGACAGACGAAGAUGAUGCGGAAGAAGACCAUGAUAUGGAAAGGGAGGAUUACAUCAACAGUAAGAAACGAUAUGAUGAUGAUGCCUCUUGGUCCAAUGACUCCAUGGUUUGGGUAUAAUUGAUCGAUAAUCUUGUACAGUUACUUUAAGCAUUCUUUCAUUUUUUUAUACCCAUUUGUACAUCUCUUUCUUUUUCAGCAUCCACAUAAAAACCGCACUGUUCGUGUUACCACGGUUAGAGUUUUUUUUUUUU